ACCGGUUGUGUUGACUGCAUUGUGUUAAAUUUGCUUGCGUCUCAAGUUCCUAUCCGCUUUCACUAUGUCAAUAUUCAAGUCUCCUCUCCUGGUAAAUGCUUACGCCGUUGUACUGGUAUCUGGUGUAAUGCUCUGGUUCUACGUCUACGAUGGAGUUUACGUUUGCUGCGGUGACAACGGUGCCGAAGACGUCAAUUUGUGCAAAAUCUACCCGAAAGGAGUCGUCAUCUGUGAAAACGCUGCGCGACUAUCAACGGUAGCUGCCGGUGUAGGCGCAUUACUGUUCUACGGAGAAUGGCUUAACGACGGAAAUCUCAUUCCUCAGACAUCCGUCGGAUGUAAUGUUCCUACGUGCAUAGUGGCAAUGGCAUUUCUGCUAACCUUCCCGUGGAGUUAUGUUGCAGUGCAAGCAUUCGUUUUAUUCUAUGAGACAGAACAAGAACAGCUAGUGCUGUAUUCACUCGAAUUUUUUGCUCUACUAGCUCUUGAAGCUAUAGGCAUGAUAGCUGCGGCAAAUUUGGGUUAUGCGAUAUUGCAAACGAUGUGGACGCCAGCAGAAGACAAAGAGAAAUCAAAUAAGGACACUGACGAGACAGACGAUGUUAGCACAAUAGAAGCAAAGAAACGAAAGCGACAGUCGAAUAGUAGAUGGUAAAAUAAUUUGCAAUGCAAUCUACCGGCACGUUUAGAAAAUUUGUCUAGUGAUAAGUGUAUUGAGAAUGCGCAUGAGUGCGGUUAAGUAAUUUAUUCAAAGUGCAAGAAAAAAUUGUUAGUUAUCUGGGCAUUUCUGAAAUCGUAGCUAAUUUUAUGCCC